CUCGCACUCGAGGAGGAAGGGGCGAGGGAGGGGCGAUCGCCUGUCCAGCGUUGGGAAGGUUUCCGUCCGGAGCCGGAAGAGCCUUGGAGUGGCGGGGCUGAGCGGCAGGGCGCGGGCAGGGGCUGAGGGCUGGGUGUUGUCCCGGCGGGUGCAGAGCCGUGAGAUCUUCCAAGAUCUGGCUCUCCAAAGGGCAGGCGCACCGAGGCCCCGCAGGGCGCCGCUUUGUCAUUCUAAAUCUAACUGCCUUAAUUGCUAUUGAAGAUAAUUAAACAGUAAAUAGGAGCAUGGCAACAAAUCCUCCUGGACAAGGUUUUCAAAAUAAGAAUCGAGUAGCAAUCCUGGCAGAACUAGACAAGGAGAAAAGGAAAUUACUUAUGCAAAACCAAUCUUCAACAAAUCAUCCUGGAGCCAGCAUUGCCCUCUCCAGGCCCCCCCUUAAUAAGGAUUUUCGUGAUCAUGCUGAACAGCAGCAUAUUGCCGCGCAGCAGAAGGCUGCCUUACAGCAUGCUCAUGCACAUUCUUCGGGAUACUUCAUAACUCAGGACUCUGCAUUUGGAAAUCUCAUUCUUCCUGUUUUACCUCGGCUUGACCCAGAAUGAAGGAAAUAUUUGCAUUGGGGAAAAUCAGUUUGUAAAAUGAACUGCCAAAGUUACUGUCAUUCUGAUUCACUUUGUGCUAGAAAUGACUCACAUUUUUUGGGUGAGAUUUUGUAUUUCAUGCCUUGUUACAAGAAAGGCACUUUACAUCUAUGCAAGGUGAAAUGUACAUAAAUGGUGCAUGUUAUAUACAGUCUAUAACCAUUCUGUAAUGCACUUCGUUUAUUUAUACCAACAUGCCUAUUUGCUUUAAAUCUUUUUUUACUCUUAAGUAAGAUGAAGUAUACAAUGAGAACAGACUAGAAUAUAGAAAAACUAUAUAAGGUACUUAACUUUAAAGAAAUGCCGUUUUUCAUUCUAAACAAAUAGGGUUGGCCAGAGAAAACAUCCAUUCUUCUUGGUGUUUUAUUGGACUGUUAUUAGUGUACCCGCUGAAUGGUCCUGAAAUCUUUUAUGUGGCCUCAUCUCUGGUUUUCCUAGUCUCACUUUUAAUCCUAGAAGAGAGAAGUUAGUCUAAAUUACAAAUUAGUAUUAUGCAUUUUUUAGUAUUUCUUAAAUAUGAAUUUAUGUAAAUGAUGUUAACACAUGAUAUUAAAAGCUACUGUGACAAUAA